CUGCAGACCUAUUCCCACGAGGUCUCCCUCACUGCGGACUCGCGGAAGAGUCACCUGAUCUUCCCCCAGCCCAACUACGCUGACACGCUCAUCAGCCAGGAGAGCUGUGAGAAAAAGGAUUUUUUAUCAGCUCCUCAAUCUCUACUCGAAGAUGAAAGAGAAGAAACGUCUUCUCAGGUAAUCUAUCUUUUCACAACAUCCGUACAAGCUAGUUUGCUGAAGUAAUUCACUUACUUGUUUACUAUAUCUAUUUUGUUCCCCAUAUUUCCUUGAGGGCAGAGUCAAGUUGUAGGAAGUGAGUCUUGGUGAAUUAUUUCUUGGUAGGUCUUAGUGUUCACAGGCUGUAAGAGGAAGAAGAGACACGAGAAUCGUUGUGCAAUGAAUGUAAACCAGGAGCUAAUAGAUGAUUAUCCAAAGAGCACUGCAUUGAGUAACUAGGGUAUCUGGUCUCUCACACUUUCUUCUUCACCCCUGGGCAAAUAAUCUCAUCCACCCAGAUCAACAAUUUUUUCUUUGUUAAAAAUAUAAAGAUUGGAGUUUAUGUUUGCUCAAGUCCUUUCUUCUUUUAAAAUAUGACUUUUACUUUAUAUUUGAAUCUGUAUAUGAACAGUGAAACACCUUAGUCGGCUAAUUCUUUCUCAUUCAGUCUUAAUAUAUUUCUCUCAGUUUGACAGCAAAAUUGUUUUCCUUAACUUGCAUGCCCUUCCCUGUUAAAAAUAUGGAAAUUUAGAAAUAUACGUUCCUUACGGUGUUUCCGGAAGUUAUGUCAUAUUAUUUAGGCUUAGUUUUAAAAAUCACAUUAGUCUCUAAGCUAUAUGCUUCUUGAAGAAGUGACUGACUUAUCAUCUGCUCUAUAAUAAAGUUGUAGAGUAGUAAUAAACAGGUUUCUCCUUUUCUUAUCUUUCUCAUAUGUGGGAACCAUAUUGCCUUUUAAUCUUUAAAAUAAUAUAUAUCCUCAAUAUAGUUUUGCUUAAAGAAAAGAUACAAAAGAUUCAUAUCAUACAAUUGUCCAGAACCAUCUUUUGUAUACAUCUCUCUUCUCAAGGUUUCUACUCACAGUAGCUGCUAGAAAUGUUCCCAAUCCCUCACCCAAUCCCAGUGCCCCUCUGAACAAUUUUCUUUUCCCAUUCCUCUUCCUAUGUUGGCUUUUAGUAUGUUGGUUAUGUAUUUAAUAACAGAGAACAAUAAACACACUAAUGUUCUAUGUAAAUGGCAUAAUUUUUAAUUUUUAUUUGGAAAUUAUCAUGUACCAAUUGAGCCUUUUAUUGAAUGACACCGUAUCUCUCAAAGUGCCGUGAUUCUUUAUGUUGCAUCUUUUCUGAGGCAACGUGUUGUUUUGGUUACUAUUACAUAAUUCUCUAUGAGUAAAAUUGGAACUCACUGUGGCAUAAUAUGUCACAAUAUCUUUACUUGUAAGUGAAUAAUAAAGUAUAAACAGGAUAAUUAAAGCAGUUAUUUUUAGUGUGUGUAGUAACUCCACAAGAAUAAAUGCCUUAUGCAUAGAUAUGUCAUGCAUCAUGAUUGAAAUGACAAAUAUAUGUGUUUAUAUUUCUGUGCUUGGAAACUUAUAGAGAAAGAGAUUCUGGAACAUAAAAGCUUAUUUUUACUAGUUUUAGUUGUGGGUUUUGAAAAAACAUCCUUACAGUCUAGGUUUAAACAAAGCAAACUUCUUUCAGUACCCUGAGGGGCUGUGAUUUCUCUCUCACAUCUAGGCAUUGUCAUGCUGUUCUCUCCCACAUCCAGGCCUUUUCACUGAUCCACUCCUCUCAUGUUUCCUGGGAAAGCCUUUGCUAACCUUAAAGGCCCAAUUGAAGGCCCCCCUAACCCCUUCGGCUUUUCCCACUAUGGUAAUUAUCUCAGCACGCUACAAUUCCCUGUUUGCUUUUAUAUCCUUAUAAUCUCUGUGAAGGAAGUGACUGUGUCUGUAUUGUUCACCUGAAAUCCCUAAACAUAUUGUCUGACACCUAAUUAUGUAUUUGUUUAAUGAAUAUUAAAUAACAAAUAUUGAAACUAAGUCAUCAGGUCACCAAGAACAAACUUAAAGAAAUAUAAUAUAUAAAUAUGGGUGAUAUUUCUGUGUGCUUCUUUUCUUCUUUUCCUUCUCUCAGCUCUUAGAGAGUUAAAAGUAUAGAGAGGGAAAGGUGAAAGAUAUCUUAUCAAAUAACCCUGAUAAAUGUAGUAAGUAUAACAAUAAACACAUUAUCAAGAUACAGUGGUUGAAGAACAAGUGGUGGUCAUGUCUUUUAAUAGUUGUGUUGGUCCUUAGGGCCAGUUCUUUGUUACUGUGUGUUUCUUAAACUGAACAGUUCAAAACGGUUAACUCCACUAUGUCUGAAGCAAUAUUGGUGGCAUUAAGGUUAGUGCAUGGAUUCCCAAGAAAGAUAACUUGAGGCCACACUGUUUAACAUAUAUCAAUUCAAUUAUGUUCAAUCAACACUAGUCCUCUUAUCUCUGACAAGAAGGAUUUCAGGUCUUGGAUAAUUCAAAAAUAAUCAUCUGUGUUUGUCUGAGAGGAUGCAGUAAACGGUUAGGCCUCUUAGUGUCGCUGUUGACCACUCAAGAAGGAGAACGCAGCUGGAGAACUAGUCCACCAUUUCCUUGCUCCUGCAAUGCAAAGAACCAGCAAAUUAGACUCAGAAAAUCCGAGGCGGCUGCCAACCUCACCUCUUAGUCAACGAGCGGUUUGACCUGUGAAUUAGGCCCGUAAAAUACUUCGUUUCUUGAGAAAAUAAGAUUGGAGUCCGUCGUGGGAAACUGGAACCGAAUUCAGAGAAAGCUAUUCCCCGAAAAGGAAAUGACCAAAUGCCUGAGUUUCCGAAAUGGCAGAGGACUGGCCCUGCUGUGCGCGCUUCUGGGGACGCUGUGUGAAACAGGAUCCGGUCAGAUCCGCUACUCGGUAUCUGAGGAGCAAGAUAAAAGUUCCUUCGUGGGCAACAUCGCUAAAGACCUGGGGUUAGAGCCCCGGGAGCUGGCUGAGCGCGGAGUCCGCAUCGUCUCCAGAGGUAGGACGCAACUUUUCUCUCUGAAUCCGCGAAGCGGUGGCUUGGUUACCGCGGAGAGGAUAGACCGGGAGGAGCUCUGCGCUCAGAUCCCGCUGUGUCUGGUAAAAUUUAACAUCCUGGUUGAGGAUAAAUUGAAAAUUUUUGAAGUAGAAAUAGAAAUUAAAGAUAUUAAUGAUAAUGCUCCUAAUUUCCCAACAGAGGAAUUGGAAAUAAAAAUUGGUGAACUAACGGUUCCUGGAACCCGAUUUCCACUUAAAACUGCUUUUGACCCAGAUGUAGGCAUGAACUCCCUGCAGAACUACAAGCUUAGCCCUAAUGACUACUUCUCCCUGGCUGUGAAUAGCAUCUCUGAGGGGGCCAAGUAUCCAGAGCUGGUGCUGGAGCAGGCCCUGGACCGUGAGAAAAAAGAAAUUCACCAGCUUGUCCUGGUUGCCUCUGAUGGUGGCGACCCUGUCCACUCUGGCAACUUGCACAUCCAAGUGAUAGUCCUGGAUGCAAAUGACAACCCACCAAUGUUUACUCAGUCUGAGUACCGUGUAAGUGUUUGGGAGAACGUGCCUGUGGGUACCCGGCUGCUCACGGUGAAUGCUACUGACCCUGAUGAGGGAUUCAACGCUCAAGUGUCUUAUAUUCUAGAUAAAAUGCCUGGGAAAAUCGCUGAGAUUUUCCAUCUCAACUCAGUAAGUGGAGAAGUUUCAAUAUUAAAAAAUCUAGAUUAUGAGGAUGCCAUGUUCUAUGAAAUUAAAAUUGAAGCACAGGAUGGACCAGGUCUUCUUUCAAGAGCCAAGAUUCUACUCACGGUUCUGGAUGUGAAUGACAAUGCUCCAGAAAUUACAAUUACGUCUCUCACAGGCUCAGUCCCAGAAGAGGGCACCGUUGGAAGAGAAAUUGCUCUUAUCGAUGUGCAUGACCGAGAUUCUGGGCAGAAUGGGCAGGUUGCAGUUUUUGUCCUGGGAAAUCUGCCAUUUAAGUUAGAAAAAUCAAUAGACCAAUAUUACCGCUUAGUGACGGCCACAUCCCUAGACCGCGAACAAAUGUCAGAAUAUAACAUCAGUCUGAGAGCCUCAGAUGGGGGAAGCCCGCCACUGUCCACAGAAAUUCACAUCAUCCUGAAUGUAAUUGACAUCAAUGACAACCCACCCACCUUCCCUCACUUAUCCUACUCCGCCUACAUUCCAGAAAACAACCCCAGAGGGGCCUCCAUCUUCUCAGUGACGGCCCAGGACCCAGAUAGCAACGACAACGCCCGCAUCACUUAUGCAUUGACCGAGGACACCCUCCAGGGGGCGCCCCUGUCCUCCUACGUCUCCAUCAACUCCAACACUGGCGUCCUAUAUGCGCUGCGAUCCUUCGACUACGAGCAAUUUAGAGACUUGAAACUACUGGUGACAGCCAGCGACAGCGGGAACCCUCCACUCAGCAGCAACGUGUCGCUGAACCUGUUCGUGCUGGACCAGAACGACAAUGAGCCCGAGAUCCUGUAUCCCGCCCUCCCCACAGAUGGUUCCACCGGCGUGGAGCUGGCGCCCCGUUCCGCAGAGCCGGGUUACCUGGUGACCAAGGUGGUGGCGGUGGACAGAGACUCGGGC